AUGAUAACAGACCAGAUAGCUCAGGUCCUGAGCCAACACUGGCUGCCUAUCACCCUCGCUGUCGUCGUUGCAUGGCUGGUGAGGAAUAGGUAUCACAAUGGGCUCAACAAGUACCCCGGGCCGUUCCUGGCCUCCUUGACAGACUGGUGGAGGUUCUUUGAUGUCUACGGGCGACGGCCCGAGCGGUCACACAUCGCCCUCCACAGGAAAUACGGCCCUGUCCGUUCACCAGCCAGGGACCAUGCUGACCGUGCCGUCCAGUCCGACUUCUACGUCGUCCAGCAAUCCGUGGUUAAGGGUCACAGCCUGCCAUCGCUCUUCAGCACCACCGACAAUGACUUCCACAUGCAGUUCCGCCGCUGCGUCAACUCGGCCUUUGCCAUGUCCGCCCUGGUACAGUAUGAGCCGUUCGUCGACAACACGACCAAGCUGUUCCUGAAGCAGACAGAGCGCUUGUACAUCGACAAGCCGGGGACCUGCGACUUUACCCAGUGGCUCCAGUUUUACGCUUUCGACGUCAUCGGCGAGAUCACCUACAGCAAGCGCCACGGCUUCAUCGAGAAGAACGAGGACGUCGACGGGAUCGUGGCCUACCUGACCAAGCUGUUCCUCUACGUAGCACCCAUCGGACAAAUCCCUUUCCUCGACCGCCUCUUCCUCAAAAACCCCCUCUACCUCAAGCUCUCCGAAUGGGGCAUCCUCGACGCCACCUUCCCCGUCGCCAAGUUCGCCCGCGCCCGCAUGGCCGAACGCCUCCCCGAACUCUCCACCAACGGCGAGCCGGUCCUCCCCACCUCGGAAAAACCCACCGUCAAAUCCCCCGACCUGCUCUCCAAAUUCCUCGCCGCGCGCGAGGCCCGCCCCGACUUCAUGACCGACACCCUGGUCCAGACCAUGGCCGUGUCCAUGGCCUUUGCCGGCUCCGAGACCACCGCCAUCUCCCUCUCCGCCGUCUUCUACUUCCUCCUCAAAACCCCCGCCGCCCUGGCCCGUCUGCGCCGCGAAAUCGACGACGCCGCCCGCGCAGGCCGCUUCUCCGACUACGAGACGGGGCUGGUUACUUGGCAUGAGAGCCAGGCCCUGCCCUACCUCGACAUGUGCGUCAAGGAGGCUUUUAGGUUGCAUCCCGCUCCGGGACUGCCUAUGGAGAGGGUUGUGCCGAGGGAGGGGUUGGAGAUUGCGGGGAGGAGGGUGGAGGGGGGGACGGUGGUGGGGUGCUCGGCGUGGGUGUUGCAUAGGGAGGAGAAGGUGUUUGGGGAGGAUGUGGAGGUGUAUCGGCCUGAGAGGUGGGAGGUCAAGGGGGAGGGGGAUGAGCAGAGGGUGAAGGUUAUGAAUGGCACGAUGCUGCAGUUUGGGAUGAGCAGUCGGACGUGUAAUUGGGGAAGAAUAUUAGUAGUGUGGGAGAUUAUAAGCUGGUACCGGAGUAGUGAAGGCGGGUUUGAAAUCCGCUUUGGACGACCCCGGCUCGAAUUGGAGACGGUCAAUGCCUGGUUUGUCAAGCAGAAUAACUUUGUACGCGCUUUGACCUGCGGGAUAUCGUCAUGCCCGAGAAGGGGGUCAGUGUUGGGGAGAACUAGGGGGUUGUUUUCUUAUUGCAUUGGGGCGGGUUGUAUUGUCUAUUUCGCUCUGGCUUAG